UAGCAGACCCGUACUGUAUUGGAUCAAAAUUGAAAAGUAACCUAUAUCUAUUUAAAACAUAGAUUAUGUUAAAUUAAAUUCUUUAAUUGGAAGCAACGUUAACAAUAAUAGUAAGAUUUGGAACAUCAUGCAGAAGCUAGAAAAAGCGUACUGCUGUUCCAAGCUAUUCUGCUCUAUACAUGAUACCCAUUCCUCUUAUAGAUGUCUUUAAUUAAUAUAUGAAAGAUAGAAGAAGGUAAAGAAAUUAUAAAAUGAUUAUCAAAGUUUUAGAGCGCUUUCGGGAUUUCGUUCAGAAUCUACCAUUAUGGACGAAAACUGUAACAUGGACAGCGUUGUUUAUUCAACUUGUUUCCUUUAUGGGUCUCCGGACGAGUAAGUUGGCAUUAUCAUGGAGCAACGUUUUUCAAAAACACCUUGUCUUCGAAGUCUAUACAUAUGUAUUUUUACAUAUCUCUCUUUUACACAUAAUAUUUAAUCUUGUUUCGUUACUCCCAGUAAUGGCUAAGUUUGAAAAGGAGCAUGGCACCUUUGCAUGUGUAUUUAUAACAAUGUUGCCUUAUACCCUCUUUCCUGCCUUCAUGCAUCUUAUUUUUUAUCGCUUUAUUUUUGCAAAAGAGUCAAUUUCGAUUGCUGGAUUCAGCGGAUGGGCCUUUGCAUUUAUUUCUGCAACAUGUAUUCAUAAUCCUCAAGGCCCGAUUCAGAAUUACAUUCCCAAGCACUGGAUUCCGCUUAUUUACUUGUUUAUAACUACAAUUUUUGUACCUUACGCCAGUUUUAUUGGGCAUGCCUCCGGGGCUGCAGCUGGCUACGCAACGCCCUACAUUUUUGAGCAUAUUCCUUUAAAAUUAUGGGCAGAAAAGGUUGAUUCAAUAGGGAGUCGUUUCAAAGGUUACCAGUCCUACGAUGAGUUGGCAUAUGCAUCACUGCCAAUUGCAGAGCCAAGUACUGGUAAUCCUAAGUUCCCUGGAACGGGGACCCGUUUGGGAACUUGAGAGUUAUAAAAAGCUUAACUGUAAGCGAUUCUAUUAAAGGUGAUAGUAGUAAUAGAAAACUCACAGAACAAAAACUAGCUAUCCUAUUCAUAAUAUGCACUGAGUCUAAUGAUUUCGAAUUCAAAACAACUGUUUUUUCCUGUAUUCCUAAAAAAUAAAUACUGUUUCCUCGGUUUGAGCUUUUUGCUUAAAAUCAAAACACAUUUUGAUAGUAUUCAACCGC